UGUAGGUGAAACUCUUGCUUCCUCCUCUCUUCUUCCUCCAAAAUUCAGUGUUACUCCUUGACAUUAUCGCUAAGACACUGAAAAUUUCUCACCAACCCAUUUCCCGUAAGACUUCUGUUGACCUAAUUCGCCAAAUUUCUUUGUUACAUUGUCGAUUUCUCUGACCAAAAACCAGAAAAAUCUCGCGACUUUCAAUGGCUCUGCAAUGCUUUAGCAUCUGGGUUUGUCCCCAAACACCUCAUUCUCAAAUGGGUCAUUCUCAUUUCAGCCCGAAACGUUGCCGCUUCGACCUCAGGUGUGAAUGCUCUGACCAGAGAGCCGUCACUGCUGUUGAAGACGACAAGCCGCACGGCCAUGAACUCGGGAAGUCCUCUGCAGGUGGAAUCGUUCCGAUUCAGAAAACCGAGUCUUUGACCUUUCACAAGGACUUGAGCAUGCUUCCCAAGCCCUUAACAGCGGCUAGUCUUCAGUUUUCUUCUGAGGAUGCAUCAAAAGUCCGAAUUGCUUAUCAAGGAAUACCGGGCGUGUAUAGUGAGACAGCAGCACUAAAGGCCUAUCCAAAUUGUGAAACUGUGCCAUGUGAACAGUUUGAAACUGCAUUCCAGGCAGUUGAACUAUGGUUGGUGGAUAAAGCGGUGCUUCCAAUUGAGAAUUCAGUCGGUGGUAGUAUCCAUCGUAAUUACGAUUUGCUUCUCCGUCAUAGACUGCACAUUGUCCAGGAAGUCCAGUUGCCCGUUAACCAUUGCCUCUUGGCUUUGCCCGGUGUGAAGAAGGAGGAGCUUAAAUGUGUUCUAAGCCACCCUCAGGCGCUUUCUCAAUGCGAGAAUGCACUUAGCAAUUUAGGCGUACACAGAAUUACUGCACUAGACACUGCCACUGCUGCUCAGACGGUAUCUUCAAGUGGCGAGAGAGACACAGGCGCGAUUGCUAGCGUAAGAGCUGCACAAAUAUAUGGUCUCAGUAUCCUUUCUGAGAACAUGCAGGAUGAUGCUAACAACGUGACCCGUUUCCUGAUACUCGCGAGAGAACCUAUAAUCCCAGGAACGGAUCGGCCCUUUAAGACGAGUAUCGUAUUCUCUUUAGAAGAAGGUCCUGGCGAGCUUUUCAAGGCCUUGGCUGUGUUUGCUUUAAGAGACAUUAACUUAUCCAAGAUAGAGAGCCGUCCACAAAGACGGCGCCCGUUAAGAGUAGUUGAUAGCUCUAACAAUGGAAGCGCUAAGUACUUUGAUUACCUGUUCUACAUUGAUUUCGAAGCUUCAAUGGCUGAAUCCCGUGCCCAACAAGCUCUCGGCCAUUUACAGGAGCUUGUAAGAUUCAUCCGUGUGCUCGGGUGCUAUCCGAUGGAUACAACCAUAUAAAACCAGAAAUUUCUGAACCGAUUGAUCUCAAAUAAAGUUCAUGUCUAUACCGGCUAUACCGUGUGAAUAUCACCAAGCAGAAGACCCUAGAUUUCAUCUUGCAUUUGGUGUAACUCAAAAGAAUUUGCCCGGCUAGCUUCGUACCCAUAGCGUGCUGAAGGUCUUUACAGUGUGCUUUACCAUUUUCUUUUCUCAAAAAGGACAGUCCAACUGUUUUUCAUUUUCAUUUGUUAAGAGCUUUAUAUAUUUUAUGAACUUCAUUCCCAAAAAAAGGAGCUUUUUACAUUUUGAUAUAUAACAAGACUGGUUAUAGGACCAGAAGCUGGUAAGAGUUGUAUUCUGAAACCAAUACCGAAACAGAGAUGCAAUAUAUCAGUUUGAUUGGGUAAA